GGACUUCGGUUGUGUCGCCUCAGUCAUUUCUCAUUGGUAAGGAAUGCUUGUCUUUCGAAAGAACGGAAGUGAGCCGACCAUUUUGAGAGCCUGCACCGCUUAGAGCGAUGGAGAAGAGCCACACGGUGAAGCUCUUUGUGGGCAACCUGCCGCUGGACACCAGCCAGGAGGAGCUUUCGGCCAUCUUCGAGUCGUACGGCCAGGUGGUCAGCUGCAGCGUGCUGCGGCAGUUCGCCUUCGUGCACCUGGCCGGCCAGGGCGCCGCCGAGCGCGCCAUCCGCGAGCUCAACGGCCGCGAGUUCCGCGGGCGCAAUCUGGUGGUGGAGGAGUCGCGCGGGCGCCCGCUCCACUCGACCAAGGUGUUUGUGGGCAACCUGAGUGGCAUGUGCACCACCGAAGACCUCCAGGAGCUCUUUCAGACCUUUGGCAAAGUGCUGGAGUGCGACAAGGUCAAAGCCAGGCUCUCGUCCUCCACAGGCUACGCCUUCGUGCACAUGGAGAACAAGGAGGACGCGCUCAAGGCCAUCGAGGCGCUGCACGGCACCUCCUUCAAGGGACGUCCGCUCUCCGUGGAGCUCUCCAAAGUGCAGCCCAACAAGCAGGCGCCCACGGGCAAGAUCCCCUGCGUGAGCUGCGGCAAGCAGGGCCACUACGCCGGCGAGUGCCCGGCGGGCAAGGCCUCGUCGCUGGAGCAGUACCAGAGCCAGGCGGCCGUGUUGGCGGCGGCGGCGGCGGCCGCGGCGGGCCUGCCGCUGCAGGUGCAGCAGAGCGUCCACAACUCGGUGUACAACACGUCGACGUUCGACCCGACCUACGCGGCGCUGACGGGACUGACGGCGGGCACGGGCGCCCGCUCGGAGGGCAGCGCGCUGGCGCCGGCCGUCUACGGCGCGCUGGCCAGCCAGGUGUACGGCAGCGUGGCCAACCCGCUCUACGGCUCGGUGGCGGCCAACCAGGUGGCGGCCGCCGCCCAGCUCAACCACGCGCUCAACCCGGCCGCCGCCGCCGCCGCGCAGAUGUACGGCUCGAUGAGCCCCGCCCUGGCGUACGGCCAGAUGACCAGCCAGGCGGCGUUGGCGUCCGCCGCGGCCGCCGCCGGCUACGGGCACCAGGUCUACGCCCCGGCCAUGGCCAACCAGGUGUUCCUGGCCGCCCCGGGCAUGGAGCUGCCCGCGGCGGCGGCGCAGGUCAACCAGGCCUACACCAUGGCGCCCACGCUCUACACCACCACGCCCACGGGCUACGCGGCCCUGGGCGCCGCCGACCACAACGCGCUCCUGGAGGCCGCGCGGGCACACUACCUGGCGCAGGGCCAGCAGGCGCUGGUGGAGCAGCACGCCGCCGCCGCCGCGGGCGCCAAGGCCGAGAGGGACCGCAGCCCGCUGCGGAGGUCGGCGCCGCUGCUGCCCGACCCCGUCAUGAAGCCCUUCAUGUACCAGCGGGCCAAGCGCCGCGCCCUGCUGCCCACGCCGGCCGGACGUGAGGAGGCCGCCCAGGAAGAGGACGCCAUGGCCAGGUGGGUCUCCGACUACUACACACAAGCGUACUACAGCGAGUACUACCAGCAGCUGCAGCAGUACCCCCAGUACCAGUAUGCCUACCCGCCCCCGGGGGCCCUGGCCAUGCAAGGCCUGACCGCGCUGCCCGCUGCCGCCGCCGCCGCCCACCACGCUGCCGCCGCCGCCGGCGCGGUGCCCGUGCCCUCCGCCCCGACGGCUGCCGCCAUGGCCACCACGCUGGACGCCCUCAGGCCAGUGCCGCUGCCCCCUCCUCCUCCCGCCCCCCCUGCCCCUGUCUCUGCUCCCCCCCCUCCUGUUGUCGCCUCUGCCGCCGCCGUCGCCAUGGCCACACCCCACCACCACCACCAGCUCCACCACCACCGCCUGUACGAGCCACCGCCGCCGUCGCUGCCGCCUCCCGCGCCCCAGGGGCGCAAGGACGCCCUCCUGCGCCCGCUGCACACGCCCGAGACCCCCUACCGAUAGCUCCCGUGUUUUGACCUUUGACCUCUUGAUCUGAAACCGCCCCCCCCUCCCCUUCUCUCCCUCUACCCCCCCCCCCCCUCAAAAAAAACCCUUCCCACCAACCCCCCCGCGCCCAUUCAUCCCCCUUAGAACCCGCAAACUGGCUGUGUGAGUGAAUGAAGGAAUGUGUGUGAAUGUACUAGUGGGUCUUUACCUGUGUAUAUGUGUGUUUGUAUGUAUGUUUGUUUGUGUGAGGGGGCCUGUCAUGUAUGUUAAUGUUAUGAAUGUUCAUAGAUUUCCGUGGGUGUGUUUGUGUCUGUGUGUGUGUGUGUUGGGGUGUGUGUGUGUGUUAGGGUGUUAAAAAGGUUGGCUCCCUCUGUUCUCUCAUUAACUGGACUCCUGACCUUGGUUCUGGUACCACGUGCACAUGAGAGACACUCAGCCCUCUCCUCCUGUUUUUUCCCCUUUCUUUGUUUUUAGACUUUUUUUCAACUUGCGUGUUUUUUUUGUUUAAAGAAAAAAAAAAAGAAAAGAAAGAAAAAACACGGCAAGUUGUAGCAUUCAUGUAGCACAAGUGCUAAAAUAGUUUAGUUUUUUGUGUGACGUUUUACACUCUAUUCACCAGCCAUGAAUUUUGUACUGGUUUACAUUUUGAUGUCGUGAAGAAUCAUGACAGUUUAAUGAAUGUCACGAAGGAGAGAUACUUGAUUUUUCUUAGACACAUUUUUGAAAAUGGAGAGCUAUUAAAGUCUGUGCAAAGGGGGUCAUUUCCUCAUAGUAGAAGUAUCAUGGGAGAUAAAAAAAUAAAAAUAAGCGCAUGUUUUACCCAGAACCAGGGUUGGGCUUUCAGAUGGUUCUUUUUAUUGUUUUAUUUGUGUUAAUGUGCCAUACAACUCUGGCCAUGUUUUGUGGGAGUGUGCGUGUGUGUGCGCGCGUGUGUGUGUGUGUGUGUGUGUGUUAAGUUUGUGUGUGUGUAUGUAUGUGUGUGAUGAGUUUGCUUAAGGCUGUCCGAGACACACACAUAUAACUAUAAGGGAAAUGCUUAAAGUGCUUCACUGAUACACACGUGCAUAUUUUUGUACAACUUUAACAUUGGGUAGGCUGAGGAUGCCCUUUUAAAUACAGUGUCCCCCGGAUUUCCCCCCCCUCCAAACCCCCUACCCCUAAACAUCUGACCUCUUCACCAACCAAAAUGCUGAAAGACACUGUGACUCUCAUGCAUUGCACCUCACCAGGCAGGGCUUAGCCUAUGAGAGAAGAGGGUGGUCAGGGGCUAGCGGGGUUAGCAGGGUUAGCGGGGGGGUUAGCGGGAUUAGCCUAUCAGAUGAAAUAAAUGGCCAAGGGGUAACCAAUCAGAGAAGGCCAUGUGUAGUCUAUAGAGGAGGCUGUUGCACGUCAAUAAUCAUUAAUAGGAGGUUAUGCUCAAUCGAUAGCCUAUAGGAGAGCAUGAUCAAGGGAUAGCCUAUUACGGGAGGCUUUUGCCAGGGCAUAGCCUAUCAGAGGAGAAUAUGGACAACUUUGGAGCCUUUACUAGCGUUCCAUAUUUCCCACUUUGGCCAGCAAUCCACCACUAAACUGCCAUUAGCACGAUUUUAGGAUGUAAUUAAAUCAACGUGGCAUCUCUGAACAUUUAUGUCUGUAACACUUUAAACUUUUACUGUUUAUUUUUUGUUCUGUUUUCGUUUUGGUCUUUGUGUUUUUGUAACUAGGAAGGGACACUUCAUAACCGAUUAAAUACUGUAGGGUUUUUUUUGUAACGGUUCAAAUUAGUGGGCCUGUUUGCCUGUGGCUGUUUAAAGCAAGGGCAGCACCUUGUGAUCAUGUACAUGGCCAAAAUUAAUCUCUCUGUCUUCUCUGUCUCUGAAAACCUCCAGCCCAGUAUGAGGCCGGAAUUGCUUAAUCGUGAAUAAUGCCUUAGUAAUGGACUGUAAAUGGGUCUUUUUUUCUAUUGUAGGUGCUGAACUGCAGUUUAACAAUGUGAAACGUGAGGGACAAAAACCUUGCCUGAUAUUUUUUUUUUUAUCAUCAUUUAAGUUGUAUUGUGAUGCAGUGGAAUGAGAUUAAAUAUGAAAUGUUGGGAGAUUUUAACAUCCGUUUCUUUCAGUUUUCUCUCUCUCUCUCCCUCUGCUGCUCAUUCACAGACCUAGACGCUUCUUGGUUGUGCAAACGUCCUUUCCCCCCCCUCCUUUCUUCCCUUUCUCUCGCACUCAUUCUUUCACUCUUCUGAAUAUCUCUCUCUCCCUUUCUGUUGAAGUGUGUCUGUUUUCCAUCGUCUCCUCGUGGUUGUCGACUCUUAACCUUUAUAAGCACACAACCUCCUGACACCACAGCAAACAACACGCUCCUCCUUGAUGAAUGUCACCUUGUAAAGUAAUACAGUCUUUGAGGCCUAAAAAAAAAAAAAAAAGUCCUCGACAGCAUCUAGACACACACGCUUGCGCAUCACAAUGGGGUGCUUUUGAAAAGCUAUUUGGUUGGCUGAGACUAAUUCAAAAAGAGUGUUUCUUUUUUAGUUUUUUUCCGUGCCUCCAUGCCUGUGUUCACAUGUCCCACCUUCCCUUUCUCCUCUCUUGUGAAAUGACCCCAGCGGCCGCUUGGGACUGCAGUGAAAUGGACAAAGGCCCCUCCCUGUAUGUGACCCUAUUCUCCCCCAUCCCACCUUACCCCCUCACGGGGCCCCUCCACUGGGGGUGAUGGGGUCCGCCUGACUCGGUGGGAUCAUGGCGUUGUGUUAACGCCAAAAGGCGGGGGAAAAGGCAAUUAAAGCAUUCCGCCGACAAGCCAGCAGCGCGCCAGGGAACGCUCUCGACGCCAAAGGUAACGACCAAGCCCCGUGCCGCCAACUUCAUGACAACCUCUUCCUCUUCCUCCUCCUCCUCCUCCCCCUCCUCUUCCUCCUCCCUCCCCGCCCUCGUUUGUCUCCCCCGUACCUACCCCAACCAGAGCCUGCGCCUUGACAACUGCUCCCACCUUCCUCAUCCCCCUUCCCCUCCCUGCCCCACCCCUCCUCUCUGUACUUCCUGCGUGGGCUUUGGU